UUCUAGAUUUUUUUUUUUUUUUGGGGUAACUAAACAAUGGAGUUUAUUAGUCAAACUGGAGUGUAGUUUUGGUGAUGAAGUGAAGUCCACUUUCAGUUAGGGAAUGUGCUACUGCCUUCUUGCAAGUAUUUAGUUAAUGCUUUCUUUUUUCAAUUUUUAUAAACUGGUUUAGCAGAUUCUUUGCGACUGUAUAAGCUAAAAACGUAUGCACCAAAGGAAAGAGUAAAUUCUGGGUGGGAAGUUAAAAACGGAGGGGCUGAGCUUGUUUUUGGAUCAUUAAUGAGACCAAAGAAAAAAAACACACACACAUUGCUUGAUGUUACUGUUACGGGUCUUACAGCUGCAGAUACCUCUCUUCAUAAUGUUGUUUUCCCAUGUUGGGUCUGUCUUCUAAACUGCCAUUUGCUACUAUAAACUACAAACACCCUUUUUCUUCGCUUCUUCUCCUUUGCAACAUUUUCUCUACAAUGGAGAGCCUUAAUCUGGCUUCUUUUCGCUUUUGAUUUGGGGUCCUUUUGUUUUGCUAAUUGGUCUUGUUCAUUACUAGAUUUUUGAGAUCUGAGUUUUGAACUUUUGUUGUCGGGAUUUUGUUUCUGUUUCUGGUUUCAUUUUGGCUACUUCUUGUCUGUUAAGUAAGAGUAAGAGCCACCGUACAGAAAAUGGCUCCAAGAUUGGAUUUCUCUAAUUGGUGGGCAAAGGAUACCCGGAAAGGAACACCAGUGGUAGUGAAAAUGGAGAACCCAAACUACUCUGUGGUAGAAAUUAACGGCCCAGAUGCUGCAUUCAGGCCUGUGGAAAAGAGCAGAGGGAAGAAUGCCAAGCAAGUUACUUGGAUUUUGCUUCUUAAGGCUCAUCGUGCUGUCGGUUGUGUUGCUUGGAUUGCUACACUCUUCUGGGCAUUGCUUGGAACCAUAAAGAGAAGGUUGAUCUUUAGGCAAGAUGUUACUAUGGCUAGUGAAAAAUUGGGUAAAGGGAAACUGCUCUUCACAGUCAUUAAAGUCCUCCUGGCGACUUCCUUGGCAAUUCUCACUUUUGAGGUUGUUGCUUACUUCAAGGGUUGGCAUUAUUUUCAAAAUCCCAGUUUGCACAUUCCGAGGAAUAGUGAUAUCCAGGGCUUGCUCCACUUGGUUUAUGUCACUUGGUUGUCUUUUCGGGCCGAUUGCAUUGCACCACCAAUUCAAGCGUUGUCUAAAUUUUGUGUAGCUCUAUUCCUUAUCCAAUCUGCAGAUCGUAUGAUACUUUGCUUAGGCUGCUUUUGGAUUAAAUACAAGAAGAUCAAGCCGAGAAUUGGGGAGGAUCCAUUCAGGUCAGAUGAUGUCGAGCGAUCAGGUUAUGAGUACCCCUUGGUUCUUGUUCAAAUCCCAAUGUGUAACGAGAGGGAGGUAUAUGAGCAGUCUAUUUCUGCUGUCUGCCAACUUGAUUGGCCAAAGGAUCGAUUAUUAAUUCAGGUUCUUGAUGAUUCUGAUGAUGAAAGCAUCCAGUGUUUAAUUAAAGAAGAGGUUGCCACAUGGAACCAAAGGGGUAUUAACAUAAUUUAUCGACACCGCUUGGUAAGAACCGGUUACAAGGCUGGGAAUCUUAAGUCCGCAAUGAGCUGUGAGUAUGUGCAGGCCUAUGAGUUUGUAGCAAUAUUUGAUGCUGAUUUCCAACCUAACCCAGAUUUUCUAAAGCAAACAGUGCCACAUUUCGAGGACAACCCUAAAUUAGGAUUAGUUCAGGCUAGAUGGACUUUUGUGAACAAGGAUGAGAACUUGUUGACUCGUCUUCAGAACAUUAAUCUAUGUUUCCACUUUGAAGUUGAACAGCAAGUUAAUGGUGUAUUUCUAAAUUUCUUUGGUUUUAAUGGAACUGCUGGUGUUUGGAGAAUUAAAGCUCUUGAGGAAUCUGGAGGCUGGCUUGAAAGGACAACCGUAGAGGAUAUGGAUAUAGCUAUUCGUGCACACCUCAAUGGUUGGAAAUUCAUCUUCCUUAAUGAUGUAAAGGUCCUUUGUGAAGUCCCAGAGUCUUAUGAAGCAUACAGGAAGCAGCAACAUCGCUGGCAUUCAGGACCUAUGCAUCUCUUCCGCUUAUGCCUACCAGCAAUCAUAACUUCCAAGAUAGCAAUAUGGAAGAAAGCAAACUUAAUACUGCUAUUCUUUUUAUUGAGGAAACUCAUCGUUCCCUUCUACUCCUUCACUUUGUUUUGCAUAAUUCUUCCUCUAACCAUGUUUGUGCCAGAGGCUGAGCUUCCUGUUUGGGUCAUUUGUUAUGUACCUGUUUUUAUGUCAUUCCUCAACAUUCUUCCAGCUCCCAAAUCAUUCCCUUUCAUUGUUCCUUACCUUCUAUUUGAAAACACCAUGUCGGUUACCAAAUUCAAUGCAAUGGUAUCUGGAUUAUUCCAAUUGGGUAGCUCCUAUGAGUGGGUUGUCACCAAGAAGGCUGGCAGGUCAUCUGAAUCUGACUUACUGGCUGCUGCUGAAAGGGAAUCAAAGACAACAAACCUUCUGCAAAUCCAGAGAGGAGCUUCAGAAAGUGAGCUCACUGAAUUAAACCGAUUAAAGGAACAGAAAGAAGCGGCUCCAAUACCUGUCAAGAGGGUCAAUAAGAUAUACAGGAAAGAGCUCACUCUGGCAUUCCUCCUACUCGCAGCUUCAGUUAGGAGCUUGUUAUCGGCACAAGGAGUACAUUUCUACUUCCUCCUCUUCCAAGGAGUGGCUUUUCUCCUAGUGGGUCUGGAUUUAAUAGGAGAGCAGAUGAGCUAAUGCUGCCUGGAAGCUAGAGAAAAGCAUUAGGUGCUAAAACUCAGCCAAUAUUCUUCCUAUCCACUGACAAAAGCUGGCUUUUAGCUGUGCAGUAUGAACUUUAUUCCUUGGCGAAUGGUUAAGGGUACCAUCCGGUUCAAUAACCAAAGUUUCAUUCUCUAUAUCAGCUUUGAGAUGCCCAAUAGAAGGUUUUUAUUCAUCAAUAACUCUACUUUCACUAGUCAGUAGGUUUUUUUUUCUUAUAUCUUUAUUUUUCCACAUUAGAUAGUGGUUAUUAUAUUAUUCCUUGGCGUUGAACCAUUGUUGUCGUUAUAGGUAGGAUUUGUAUUUCACUUUUCAUACUUCAACCUGAUUCUUGCUUGAGUGUGGUUUGGCACUAAAGAUUCAAGCCAUAUUGUAUUUGUAAAGUUCGAAAGCUUGAGUGAGGCAUA